AUGCUACACAACCAACAUUAUCAAGAUGACAUCAUGUAUAUUACACAAUUAACGCGUCAGGCUUUGAGUUUACUUGGAAUCUGGCCAUCUUUCAACAGAAAAAAAUCCAUCGGCCAAAAAAUUCGGAAAUUCCUGUUAAUCUCAGGCUCUUAUAUUCUUCUCUACUGCGUUCUAAUACCCGGCCUCCUAUUCUGGUUAAUCGAGAAGAGAACGCGCGUCCGUGUUCAAACAAUACCUCUGAUUUUUUAUGGUUUCAUGGCUACAGGUAAAUACAGCAUUUUGGUAUUAAGCGAGGGACGCAUCCGACGUUGCUUGAAGCAUAUGGAGGAAGAUUGGAGGAUCCUUUUCAGCAUAGAGGCAAGAGAUUCGAUGAUCGAAUCUGCAAAGAUUGGAAGACGCUUGGUUACGCUUUGCGCAGCUUUCAUGUAUGGUAGCGGAUUAUCCUUUCGAUCGAUUCUGCCAUUCGCCAAGGGAAAGAUUGUCACCGCGCAGAAUGUCACAAUCAAACCUUUACCCUGCCCUGCUUAUUUGUUCUCUUUCGAUAUACAAGUCAGUCCUAUUUAUGAGACGGUUUUCGCGAUUCAAUUUUUGUCCGGCAUAGUUACUUAUUCGAUAACGAUCGGUAUGUGUGGCCUUGCGGCUGUCUUUGUGAUGCACGCUUGUGGUCAAUUAAAAAUCUUAGUGGAUCUGAUGAGAAAUCUCGUCGAAGUGCAAAGGGAAGAGACUCAAGAGUUGGAUAGGAAACUUGGUGAAAUAGUUGAGCAUCAAAUAAGGAUACGGAAUUUUUUGCGAUUGGUAGAACAUACCAUGCAACAAGCAUGCCUGAUAGAAUUAGUGGGUUGUACGAUAAUUGUUUGCCUUUUGGGAUAUUUUAUAAUAAAGGAAUGGGAAAAUAGCAAUUCAAUAGCAAUGUGCUCUUACUUUAUUACACUUACAUCUCUGAUGAUAAACAUGUUUAUGUUUUGUUAUACCGGUGAACAGCUUAGUGUUCAGGCGGAGAGAGUAGCUAGUACAUCGUGCGAGCUCGAAUGGUAUCGCCUUCCGGACAGAAAAGCGCGUGGGAUUGUGCUAGUGAUGAUUAUGUCGAACUUACCUACCAAAGUCACCGCUGGAAAGAUCAUGGAAUUGUCAUUCAAGACAUACUGUGAUGUGGUGAAGACAGCUGUGACAUAUUUUAAUAUGCUUUUAAACGUAACCGACUGAAUUAUUUUCUGUGCUGUAUAAUUUUUAUUUUUAUCAUUAAAAUUAUAUAUGAAUACGGACAGCAACAUUAUCAAG